CCGUGCGGCAGCGGCGACGCCGGCGCCGGCGGCGCGCACUCCAGCUUCACGCUGCACUACGCGGCGCGCGCGUCGCGCUGCCGCUGGCAGUACCGCUGCGUCACCUUCAACCACACCGACCCCCGCCAAGUCGCCUCCUGGGUCAAGACCAUCCGCAACUACCUCGCCGGUUUGAGACGUCGACCACGGAAGGUCCUGGUAGUAGUAAAUCCAUUUGGUGGCCGUAGGCGUGGGCCUCGUGUGCUCGAGAGACAAGUUAAGCCAUUACUCGCUGUUGCUGGAGUGGAAUCUGAAGUCUUGCUUACCCAGAGACCAGGUCAUGCCCACGAUACACUUCUGAGAAGACCACUGGAUGGUCUGGAUGCAGUGAUUUGCAUUGGUGGAGAUGGAACAUUUGCAGAGGUAUUCAAUGGCUUGGUAUUACGGGCAGCGAGGGAUGCCGGUAUCGAUCACAAUGACCCUGAAGCUCGGCUACCACCUCCACCUCUUAGAGUGGGUGUUGUGCCUGGUGGAUCUACCAAUACAAUGGCUUAUUGCCUCCAUGGAACCACUGAUGUGCAGACUGCUGUAAUACACAUUCUGCUUGGAGACACUCGUGGGCUGGAUCUAUGCAGUGUUCAUAGCAAUGGAAGCCUCCUAAAGUACUAUUCAAGUGUUAUUUCAUAUGGUUAUUUGGGAGAUGUCCUAAGGGAUAGUGAAAAAUUUCGUUGGAUGGGGCCCAAGCGGUAUGACUAUUCAGGUUUUAAGAAGUUCUUCUGUAAUAAGGGCUACGAGGGAGAGGUGCGACUCUUAGCUGAUGGUACAAGUGCAGCUGAAGGUCCCCGGUGCAAGCAGAACUGUGCCCGAUGCUCUACAAGGCAGUCUACCAAAGAUGCAACACCACUGUCACCAGGAGAAUGGAAGACAUUCCGUGGUAAAUUCUUUAUGGUGAACUGUGCAAAUGUGUCCUGUGCAUGUCAACGAAGUCCAAAUGGCAUGUCACCAUACUGUCAUAUAGGGGAUGGUUGUGUCGAUGUUGUAAUGGUAAAGCACUCUAAUCUUUUCAACAAUCUCCGAUUGCUUCUCAGGAUGACGAGCAAGGCCAAUAAUGUGUUUGACCUGCCAUUUGUGGAAGUGCAUCGAGCUCGAGAGUUUUCCUUCAAACCACUGGCUGACAAUAUACCAGACUCGAGCCCUGUCUCUCCACGUUUAGUGCCAGGGAUUAGUGUGUGGAACUGUGAUGGAGAAGUGCAGUGGGAGGCUAACAUGAGAGUCAGGGUUCACUGCCAAUUGCUCGACGUGUUCACACGAGGCAUCCCCGAGAACGACGACGAAGAACAGCCUUCGUGCAAGAUCUGUUCCUUUUAAAGCUGUUUUUAGAUUUGACAUCAUAUAUCUGGAGCCGAAUAGACUCCACUCUUCAUCAGGUUGUGGCAAUCUACUCUGUAGAAGAAGCAGAUGUUGAAUUGAUGGAUUUGGAAGAGAAUUAGCCAGAUAUGUUUAUAUAGUUGCUAGCUCAUGUUGUGUGGAAACUGCACAGAAAAUUCUGUAAUGUUAGAGAUGUGUGGACCAUUGAUGAGUUGAAAAGUGUGGAGGAGGACAGGGCAUGAGCUAUGUUGCAUGUCAUCCACACACUAGAAGUCAAAGUGUUUUGAUAUCCUGUGGGUGAAUUUUGUGGCAUCUGGUUCUGUGAUGUGCCAUUAGAUCCUUUGACCAUCUUCUAGACAGGUUAUUCUUGAUUAAUUAUUUAUUCUCUAGAGACAGUUGACAAACUUCAGUUUAAUGUUUUGGACAUUUUAAACAGACAAGUCCCACUUCAUAGUGUUUCAGCAAUUUACUGCUGCAAACUGCAAGCAUAUUUCAAGCAACUUGUUCACAAUUUAGAUGUAGACUGAUAAUGACAGCACGUACAAUUAGUGUCUGUGGAACUGUUUUACCAAUCUUUAGACUUUGUUGAUUUAUAAGUACUGAUAAGUAACUAUGCCUCACGUGACAACAGCUGCAAUUAUGCCUCACGUUACUACAGCUGCCAUGUUGUCAUGAUAUUAUUUUUAUUGAAGACUAAAGGUGGUAAGGCAACAGAGAACUUUUUCUAAAAAAAAAAAAAAAGUCAGAAAAUCUGUAGAUGCAUUAUUAUGCUUGAAGUUACAUACUACUUCAGUCACAUAAAAUCUUACUUGUUGAACUGAAUUUUAUCAUACGAUGAAGUAUCUGUAGGGAGGAUCACAGACCUUAUGAAUGGUAAAUAAUACCAGCUUGACUGCUAUGCCAAUUAAGAGAUUUUGUCACAGUAUAGGAAACUGUCUGUGCUACUGAUAGAAACAUGAACAACUAUAACAUGAAAAUAAUAUCACUGAAAUUAAUUUAUUGAAUGUGAUAAAAUAUGUGCAUUAUGAAUUCACCAGCGUAGACAGUCAUUUUCCCAUUCUUUAUGUGUCUGGUGAAAUGCAGAAAGAGACAAAAAAUAUUAAGCUAAAAAACCUUUCCUUUUUUUUAAAAAAAAAAGAAAAAGAAUCUUUAUUGUAGUUAUCUGCUCUCUCUUUUUAAGUUCUUUCAUAGAUAUUUCAGCCAUGCAUUUGUAACACCCUCAUUUCAUUAACAAUAGUGUAAAACUGAGAUAUAUGUACAAUGUGUAAAACAGGAAACUAAAUGUAGUGCACAGCUGCUAAAGUAGUCUUCUGGGCCUCAAAGCAGUUACUGUCAUCUUCUGCACCUAAUUCUUUCAAGAGCUCUAAAGUGAUGAAUGAAGCUUUCCUAUAAAUAGAAUGUGAUUUAAAGACCCUUGAAAUGAUAACAUAAUGUGAUUGAAAAAUAUUCUUCAUUGUUAUACAGUAUGUGCAACUUAGUUUCACCUUAGUAAGAUAAUAUUCACAAAACAUUGAUAAUAUGAUACAGCAAUAUGUGCUGUCUUCUUGUGCCUAUAUAAAUACCUUACAGCUGUGCUGCUAAAAUAUUAAAUAUUGCAACUGAUACCCAGGGUCACAACACACAUUUUGUAAGCACUAAUACUUAGCUGUUGGUGAGCAUACUGGAAGGGCAAACAGUAUAAAAAAGUACAGGCAGACUGAGGAAACAUCAUCAAAGAGAUUGGGCAGGUUUUUAGUGAUAGACUGAAUGCUGUUGUACUAAUGAUCUGUCUUUAGUCAAGUAGCCGGAUUAAUGAAUUCCUUUUGCAUGAAUGAGCAUUUUGUCACAGAAUGUCCGUAAUAAUCAACUGAAGUUCUAGACACAUAUUGUAAAAUGCAGUAUUUUGUCAUCACUGUACCACAACACAUUGUCAUUUAUAAUUUUCUCUGCUGUAGGUAAGCAGAGUGCAUGUUUAUUAUUAUGUGUUUCAGUAUUAAAGAGGACCUGCAGGUAGAGAGUUUCACAUUACUUGUGAACACUUGCAGUUAACAAGUCAUUUUUACUUAGUUUUGAAAGUGUGUAUUGUUCAUGUAUUUGUUUGUAAUUGUAUUCAUACAUAAUUUCAACAUAAAAAUUACUGUUUUUACUAACAGACAGUUAAAAAAACUUUAUUUCCUCUGCAGAGGGAUGUGAUGACAGUUCAAGGUGCAAUGUUUUGUGGUGCAUGUAUGCAAGUGACAAAAAGUAUCUAUAGAUAUGAAAUACUAUAUACCAGUACCAAUAUAUAAGUGAAUUUAUUCAAGAAAUACCACAUAAUUUUAAUGUUGAAAUUAUUGUGAUAUUUAUUUUCCUUGUGUUGGCUAACUUUUAAAAAGUGAAGAUUUGACAGCAUAUCAUAUGCUACUGCAACUUAACGACAUAUUGUGAAGUAAGGUUUAAGUAAUAAAUUACAUGUGAUACCACAAGGUUGUGUAUGAAGUUCCUACAGGAUACUUAGAUAUGGAAUAUUUCAGAAAUAUCUCAAGAAUUUUUUUGAAUUCAUUUAGGUUCAUUUUCUUGACAUAAGUCUUGAUGUACUCAUAAUUUAUGUUACUACAGUGCCAUGACCUUGUAUACAUUGAAACAAAAUUAUUUUGCCAUUUUGUAACUUUUAUACUAAAAAUCCAAAGUAUCUAUCAUUCAUUUCAUUGUUCAUGAAAGACUUAUGCUACAACGAAGUUAUUGCCUGGUAUUGUAUUAUUACUUUUACUAUAUUAGAGAGACAAAGUGUAUGAAAUGAGUGAAAGGUACUUUUUUGGUGAAAUGUCAGCAGUUAAAAUUAAUAUUAACUAUGACAUAGAAUUUGACUUUUCCUUUGGCGUCAAGAAACACAACUGGCCAUUUAAUUUGGCCACUGGUGUUUCAGUAUACUUUGCCUCACAGGAAAAGUGAUGCUCUUAGUGAGAAUAUAUCCAAACGCACAGAUCUCCUAUUGAAAUUGUAAUCCCUUUAAGUUGAUCAAACUCUGUGUGCGAAUAAAAACAUGUGAUUUUUGCGUGAACAGUGUAUGAGAGAAAUGGAAAAAAUCAUUAUGUUCUAUGAAAAGUAAAUGAUUAAGCUAUGUCUGGUUGUUUAAUCUAUAAAAAUUGCUUUAUAUUUUUAAAUAUUAUAAUUUCAUUUCUAAUGUUACCUUUAUCCAUUACUGUUCAGCUUUGCUGAAUAUGAACAUAUAAUUUACUUUCUGUGAAUAGUUUUAAUUAACUUGUAUUCUGGAAUCUGCUUCAUGUUAAAUAACAGAUGGUUAAAGGCAAUGUGCAGAUUCCAUACAUAUGUCUAAUCGCGUGUGCAAUAGAGGAUUCCACCAGAGACUUUGGCUUCACCAAAUCUGAGAGCAUCAAGGAAGCUAAUGAUUAGUUCCAGAGGUUUGAGUUUCAGUUAAAUGCGUUUCAGCCUUAGGCCUUGGUAUCUGGUUUAGGUAAUAUUAUUUUGAGAACAUUUAAGUCUGUACUGUUUGUAUGUAAUUAAUUAGUAAUUAAUUUUCAAUGAAUUCAUUUAUAUACAAAAGUCAGUAUUAUUAAUACAUUUAAGAAGACAUAUACUGUGCUUCCACAGUAAAGAGGGACUCUGCGGGAAGUAAGCUGCUAGAUAGUGAUUUCAAUUGAAUGACUGUUUUCUCAAAAAACUACUGCAUUAUUCUAAAACAUUAAAAUGUAACUAUUGAUUAGUCCUUUCUUCUAACCAUGUUGUAUAGAAAUAUACCACACUUUAAAAAUUUGGAUGGCUGACAAAAUUCUCUGCACAGUAUAGUUUUGUGAAAUAUCUUCACAAUUUAUUCAGUAUUCAUUAUGUAUUGUUCAUCUUAUGUAAUGAGGUAUUAAUGUACAAGACCUAAGUAGUGGUUUCAGACUAAAUAGUACCAAAAGGAACUGAGAGAACUACUCUCUUAGACAAAGUAGGGAAUUAUUGUUAACAGAGUUAUAAUUAACAUUUAACUUUCUCCUCUUCUUAUUAGCUUAAAAUGUGGAAUGAAUUUAAGGUGCUUUUUCUGGAUUAAUAAUGAUAAAAACAUUUUAUUUAAGAGAUCAUAUUUCAAUUUUUACGGUGUCUUUGGGAAUAUUAAUUUAUUUGACAAAUAUUUUAUUUAAUUUCUCUGAGGUUUGAUAAGAUACACAUUAAUGCAACAUCUUAUUCAUAAAAAUAUUGUAAAAAUGUUGGAAACAUCCCAGAUGUGAAUUUGUUCAUUCAUGUCAGCUUCCUCAGGUGAUAGCUCAUUCUACACAAUGAAAGACAAUAAAGCUAUGCAGUCAGCUGUCAAUUUGCACAUGGAUGGCAGAGCAUGUGGGUAACUAAGUUAUAAAUAUUGGAAAUGAUUGUCAUUUUGAAGGCUUAAAUAUAUGGGUAUGCAUUAUUUUUUACUAUCAAGUACCACGCUGAUAGAGUAAUUACAUAUAACAAGGUGAGGAAAAGGAUGUUUGGCACACUGAAGAAAGACGAGAAAGAGAAACAAAGUGGCCAAAGUGUGAUUUUUUUAUUGUUAUCUGCUGAAUACGAGAUUGAAGAUCAGUUAUGUAUAAGAGCAUGUUUAAUUUGGAAGGUUUAUUCAUGCAACAAAAUAUACGGAAGACAGCCAUUCUGUGAAGAUGAGAGAUUUACAUUUGCUGUAUAGGCCAUAAUAAGAAGUUAACAGUUGUAGAAGUGAUGUGGUUAUUGCUGUUUAAGUAAAUGAUGUCUAAAAAGUGAAUUGUAUGUUAUGUUCUUAUAGGAGCUCACACAGAAAUGAUUUAUAUGAAAUUAUUAUUGAACAGUGACAUAUAGUUUUUUAGUUUGCAAUUAGUGGAAUACAAUGCAGAUAACAUGUUUGAUAUCAUCCACAUUAAAAAAUUAUUUACAUUUUCUUUGUGGAUGAGGCUGUGAUGAGCAAGUGUAUUUCUGCUAUUGAUUUUUAUGUUAUUGGAUAACCUCUUCCAUUCUGUUAGCACUCUUUUUGAAUAAAAUAUUUUGUUGCAGCUGUAUUAUGCCCAGCAUGUUGUCAAAUUCUUGCCUUUUAACUACUACUUAAUUUUUAGUAACAAAUAAGUCGGGGAUUAAUUAUAGUUUUCAUGAAGUUGCAUUCCAACUGGUGUUGUGUACCAUCAAUUGUGCAACUGGAUCACAUUUAUAUUGAUCUUCAGUAUACAGGCCUAAAAAAUAAACUUAAAUUGAACUGAUUGUUAUGAAAUGAGGACACACAACCCCUUUUUUUUUUAAGGGCAAUCUCUUUGCAGUAAAACCCAAAUUUUAUGUCAGUAAAUAUAGGAGAGAUAUUACCUUAGAAGGAAAAAGACUACAUUAAUGUGAAACUGUUAAGAUAUGGUGUUACAAUAAAUAAAUGUAUUUUUAAUAAGCUACAGCAGUGAUUUUCUAAGAGAUAAAACGUAUGCUUUGUUUCACUUCAUAUUAAGAAUAUGCUAAAAAAAGAUAUGAACUGUUUUUGUAAAUUUUUAUAGCAGGGUUUUUAAUACUUCAUCAGGAAAUUUGAAAUAAAUUGUGAUAGCUGUGUGAAUGUGUCUAUGUGAAAAAUGGACCAGCAUUUUGGACAUUAUUGUGGGCAAUGAUUAUCAGGAUGGUGAUGUAUAUUACUGAUUGCCAGCAGAGGUAUACACUGCUGCCUGUCCUCUUUUUUUAUUGCUUGACAGAGAUAUGGAACUCGUGUGGCAAGUGGAUGUUGGAAGCAAGGGAAUGUUGGACAAAAGGUAGUUUAUUGGACUCAACACACUUCUGGCACACUCUCUCCACUACUAUAAUUAAGUUCUGACUUCUUUGCUGUCCCUGUCAAAGGGUAUGGGAAAAGAAGAGGGGGGGGGGGGGAGGGAGAGGGAGAGAGACCAAAGACUUGCCAUAGUCCAUAACAUAAAUGCAUUGACGCUUGAUCAGAAGCAUACAUCAUCACUUUGAUGGUAGCCACUUGCUGCAGUGGCCAAAACAUCGUAGUAUGUUAUGUAGUAGUUCACUCACAUGUCCUGGAGAAUUUCAUUCAGAGUGAUUCCAGCCAUUCAAGCCUGCACUUAUAUGCAUCAGAUAAUGUUUUUAAUUUAAUAUGUUCAGUCCAUAUUUGAUUUCUAGUUACAUAAUUUAUUGGGGUGGCAUAAACUGAGAUUUAUGUACUAUCAAUUGAAAGCUGUUCUCAAUCUGAAAGUUGGCUUUGAAGACCACAGUGCUUUAGUGGGGAUGAUCCAGUUGGGGGUGGUAUACCCUUACUUUCCACUGACUUUUCAAAUGACUAACCCAGACAGUUAUGGGGAACCUACAGUUAAAGGUGGACUUGAAACAUAGUGCAAUAUGCCAUUUUUUUGUACUGACAAGUCAUUGCUUUAUAUAUGUGUAAAUCUCUCAUUGCAGGCAUUGAGUGGGUGGAAUACCCACAAUUCUUGUAAUAUUUUUGUAAUAAUCUACUUAACUUAAAUACUAUUCUUUGAUGUAUUUGUGUAUAUAAUGUGUUUUAUUUCUCAGCAGACUUCAUUAUCUGUUUAUGUAGUAUAAUUUAAAGGAAUGAUUUAAAUUGCCCAAACUCUGCAGUAUGUAUAAAUCUUUAUUGUCAUGCAUUAUACAAUUCUACUAAUAAGAAAACAAAUGAAAUUAAAAUUAGGUGGUAUUUCACAAGAGUUAAAAUUUUAAUUUUCUCAUUUUUCUUCUGUUUAAUAAAGUGAAAAUGACUUCUAGCUUACUUAAAGUCCCAACAAAUUGUUUUUAGUUGAAUGGGUGCAUAUUAAGACUGUAGAGCUUAUAUGUAUGUACUGAUAAAAUGUAGAGUGAAACACCAUAAAAUUUGGGUUUUUUUGUAGACAGUAUUCUACUUUCCCACCAAUGCUGCCUAUGUGUAGAAAUAUUUCUAUUUUUACUCAGAUUAGAAGCCUUGAAACAGCAGGAAUAGUCUUCUUGCAUUUGUGUAAGUGUGAAUCAUCUGCCAUAAAGCCCAGAAAGCUCAUAUUGGUUAUUUCAUGUAGUGUCAAUAUUUCUUAUGCUGCUUCUCUAAAUAUUUGAUAUUUCAUGUUCAGUAUCAGAAAUGUGUUUGACCAUAAAUUCUACCAUAUAUUUGAAUCGUAUCUUUUAUCCUUGCUUUGUAUUUUUCUUAUUGUCUCAUUUUUUAUCUCUUGUUAAUGAGUGUAAUUGGUAAUAAUUCAGAACAUCGACAUAUGGAGUCUGCAAUUAAUGUAAGAAGCCAACCUGAAGCUCAUCACCAUUGUUUCAGAUAUGUAUUUAAGCAUACCCUGUAAACAGCAUUGUAAAACCAAACUAUGCACUCCAUUACUUUCGAAGGAAUGUAACAUUUGGGUAUCUAUUACAAAAAGGAACUCAAAGUACGUCAAAUUUGGAAACGUGGCUCUACAGCAAUGUGUGUAAAUAAAGAAUGAAAAAAAAAAAAAAAAAAAAAAAA